AUGAUUAAACCUCGAAUUCUUGCUAAUAAUUAUAAGAAAAUAUCAAUCAUUUUAAACAAUAUUAACAAGAACAAAAUUAAUACUCCUCUUGUAGGUCCUGUUCUUAUUGGUUCACGUGCUGCAAAAUGGCAUGUUUCUUCUUUUCGUGAACCUAAUGAUUGGGAUUUAAUAGCAACUCCUUUACAAACAACUUUAUUUAUUAAUAAAGUUAAAGAAUCUAGAGCAAUUUUUAAUAAUAUCAACUUAAUUCAUUAUCCGGGAGGUGGACUAAAACUUGUUGGAGAAUGUAUUGAACUAUCAACAAGUGAGAAACCUAUCAGCUUUGAUAUUGAGCUUGUCUCUGAUAAAGUAGAUCUCAGAAACAUGAAGUCAAAUGUAAAUUUGAAUAAAGAAGAGAAUGUUAAGGAAGAUGUCAACAAUUCUAAAGAUAAUAUUCAAGAUGAUAUUAAUAAAAUUGAAUUUGAAAAGUUUAAUGAUAUUCGGCCAAAAAUAAGUUCUUUGAUGAUUUUAGAAAUGUGUCAAAAUAUAAAAGAUAAAAUAAUGUUUCCAUUAAUGUCAAAUUUUUUAUGUAUUGUUGCUCCAUUGAAAAUUCUUGAAGCUUUGAAAACAUCUCAUAUUAAUUGGCCAGCCGAUUUUCAUAAAAAUAUUGCAGAUUUGCAUCUUUUGAGAAUUUUAUUGGAUUAUAAUAAAGUGUCAACUAUUCAACCAUUAUGUAGUCCACAACGUGAUGAACCAAUUGAACUUAUGUUAAAGACUCGUAUUAAAGAAACUGAAAUUAUACAAGGAAAACCAGGUGCACAUAUCAACUUAAACAUGUCUAAUGAAGAUUUCUUAGAAAAUGAAGAUAAUCUUUUUGUACAAAAGCGUGUUCCUCAUGAUGAUUUACAUGAACUUGUUAAGUAUGGUGAUCAUCCAAUUUAUCAAGGUCUAAAGGAUGAUCAGUCUAAAGCAUGGAUAAAAAAAUCCCUUUUUGAAAAACUUGACUAUCAAACAAAACUUAAUUGUGUAAAAGAAGAAGCAAUGGUUAUUGCACUUGAAAGAUAUCUUAUUCCAAUGAUCUCAGAAAAUCAAGAAACUUCUUACAAUUUGGCACUUAUUAGGAUUUGCACUACGUUAACUAAGGGUUGGUUUCGUCAAUUUGCAAUAGAUAAUUAUCCUCAACUUAUAAAUCUUGAUAAAGAUUUAUUAUCAAUUGCUCGUAAUGUAAUUAAAAAAUUUCCUAUAAAACUAAAAAAGCCAGUUUUAUUAAUACUUGAUCCAGAAACUCAAGCAAUUUUUGAUUCUAUUCGUCCAUACACUGAAACACUUUCUUUCUCUAAUAAAUUUCUUGGUUAUGAUCCUGAUUUUAAUAUAACUGGAGUCAAGAUUACUUCUCCUGUAAAUAAUAACAUAUCAGUAACGGCUAUUAUUACAACUCUGUGUGAAUAUAAUUUUAGUUGCAAUCCAUCUGCUAGUUGGUCAGCAUCUGUUGUCAUUUUACCUAGUAAAGACUUGAAAACAUUCUUAAGUAAAAAUAAUAAAAAUGAAGACAGAAAUUACGAAAAUCUUACCUCUAAGUAUAUAUUUUCACUAAGAAUUAAAGCAAAUACUAGUGGUUCUAGUUGGGGAGUAGGAGAAGAUAUUUGGAAACCAAUAUAUAUUAAAGCUAAAUCAGCUGAUGAUGUCGCUAGUAUACUUGAAAUCCCUGGCCUUACUGGUGAUUUAUUAUUUAAAUAUGUGUUGGAUUUUUUGAAUCCAACUUUAACAAAUAAUGGAGAGACACCACUUAAACAUUGGGUCAAUGAAUUGAAAAGUGAAGGAGCUAUUCCAAUUGAACCAGAACAACAUCUUUGGUAUCAUGCUUGGAAUUAUGAAUUGAAAUCAUUAUUUAUGUAG